AUGACAUUCCAACCCAAUCCCAACUGGACGGAUCCAAUUUUCGCCGAUCCCACCCUGACCCCAAACUCCCGGAUUUUUCCCCGGAUUUUCCCGGAUUUUCCAGAGCCCCCGGAGGUGGCGGUGUUCCCCAAGCACCCGGUGGAGCAGGACGAGCCCAACAUCCUGAUCUGCUACGUCACCAAGUUCUGGCCGCCGGUGCUGGGGCUGAGCUGGCUGCGCAACGGGGUCCCGGUGGCGCGCGGCGUCCUGGAGACGCCCUUCUACCCCGACCGCGACUUCACCUUCCGCAAGUUCUCCUACCUGCCCUUCAUCCCCCGGCCCGGAGAGUACUACGACUGCAAGGUGGAGCACGAGGGG